AAGCAAAGACCAAACCGAGCUCUUUCUUCUCGGUUCUUCUCCCCUGCUCACUUCUCACCUACCUUUUCUUCUCCCCUCUCUCUCCUCAACACAACGCUGGACAUGGAAAUGGAUGGCAAAAUUCAGAUCAAGAAGCUUGCGAUGGAUUGAGAAGCUAGCAGAUCAGUCGAGCCGAAUCCCCUCUACAGCAAUCCUGUUUGCCUAGGAUAGUCAUGGUUAUGAGCAAGAAAAUCGAUUCUUUUUUCACCAAAAAAGACCAAGCUGUUGUUGUUGAUGCAUCUGCAGCAUCUCAGUUGAUUGUGGUGAAUCCAGUGUGUAUAUCUCAAGAUGAACCAGAAUUGGCCGACCCAAUUCCCACAGAUCAUGUAGAAAAUGCAGACCAAAUAGAAGAUGCAUUUGUUGUUUCUGCAGUUAAAGAUUUUGUAAAGGUUGAUCCAGCUUUAAGGUGUCAAAUUUGGGCUUGUCCUGCUGAUAAACAAGAUGAAAUUAGAAAAGCUUAUAUGCAGCUCGGACCAUAUCAGCCGAAAAAAGAUGUUUAUCGUUCUUCCGGCGAAGGGAGUCGCAAGCGCAGGUUUCAGUAUCAUUGGUUUGCGGCUUUUUCAUGGCUAGAAUAUUCACCUACAAAAGAUGCUGCAUUUUGUUUCCCAUGCUUCUUGUUUUCAAAGAAACCAACAGGAAAAUGUGGAUCUAAUACAUUUACAGUGAAAGGAUUUCAGAAAUGGAAAAGGGUGAAUGAUGGAAAACAGUGUGCCUUCAUAUGUCACAUGGGGAAGGGUUCUAAUUCUGCUCACAAUUAUUCUGUUCAGUGCUAUGAUAAUUUGAAGAAUGGAUUUUGCCAGAUUGCACGGGUUAUGCAGAAGGUAUCUAAAGAGGAGAUUCUCAAAAAUAGGUUGCGGCUGAAGACGUCAAUUGAUGUUGUGAAAUGGUUAGCACUACAAGCUUGUUCGUUCCGUGGAAAUAAUGAGGGUCCUACUUCAAAUAACCAAGGGAAUUUUCUUGAAAUGGUUAAAGUCUUGUCCUCAUAUAACGCGGAGGUUGCUGCAUUAGUUGGCAAUGCUCCAGGUAAUGCUAAGUACAAUUCACCAGAAAUUCAAAAGGAGAUACUGAAUAUCAUUGCUACUGAUGUGCAAGCUUCAAUUAGGGAAGAAAUUGGUGAAGCAAAGUUUUGCUUGCUUGUUGAUGAAGCACGAGAUGAAUCAAAAAGAGAACAAAUGACACUAGUUCUUCGCUUUGUUGACACACGUGGAUUUAUUCGAGAGCGUUUCUUUGACCUUGUGCAUGUAAGUGAUACUACUGCUGCAACACUGAAGGAAGAACUUUGUGCUGUUUUGAAUUAUCACAAAUUGGAUGUUCAAAAUAUCCGUGGACAAGGAUACGAUGGUGCUAGUAAUAUGCGUGGGGAAUGGAAUGGACUGCAGCAGAAGUUUAAACAAGAAUGUCCCUAUGCAUACUAUGUUCAUUGUUUUGCACAUCAGCUACAAUUAUCCCUUGUUGCUGCAUCUAAGGAAGUUACUGAAGUUCAUAAUUUUUUUGAACAUCUUGCUGUUGUUGUUAACACGGUUGCUUCUUCCUGUAAGAGAAAUGAUGAAUUGCGAGCCCAUCAAGUUGCUGAAAUUCUGAAUUUGGUUGAGCUUGACGAGCUUGAAACGGGAAGUGGAGCUAACCAAAUUGGAGCUUUACAGAGACCAUCUGAUACUAGAUGGAGCUCUCAUUUCAGCUCUGUAUGCAGUCUUCUCAGGCUGUAUAAGCCUGCAUUUUUAGUCCUCAAAGCUAUUGCUUCAAGUAAAGGUGCUUCUCCUUCUGCACGAGGAAAGGCUGCAGGUUCAGUCAAACUUGUGAUGUCAUUUGAUUUUGUGUUCAUUCUUCAUGUCAUGAAAGAGCUCAUGGGAAUAACUGAUUUGCUUUGCAAGAAGUUACAACAGAAAUCGCAAGAUAUUGUGAAUGCUAUGCAUGACGUUGCUACUACAAAAGAAUUGAUUCAGAAACUAAGGGAUGAUGGUUGGACUAAUCUUUUAUGUGAUGUGGUCUUGUUUUGCAAGAAGCAUGGUAUUUUAGUUCCGGAUAUGGAUGGUUUCUAUGUGGAUUUUAUUCGGUCUCGUAAAGAGGAUGAGACUUCAGCUAAGCAUCACUAUAAAUAUGAUGUGUUCAUGGUUGCAGUUGAUCAACAACUACAGGAGUGAAAUAGCAGGUUCAGUGUACAGUCAACAGAGCUCCUUAUUUUGUGCACCUCCCUCGAUCCAAGGAACUCAUUCAGAUCAUUCAACCUUGAAAAUAUAUGUCUUCUAGCUGCAAAGUUUUACCCUUCUGAUUUUUCAGAGCAAGAAAGGGACAAUUUGAGGUGUCAAUUGCGCCAUUAUGAGCUUGAUGUUCUAAGAAAUCAGGAGUUUUCGAACUUAUCCAUUAUAGCUGAACUUUGCCAGAAACUUUUUGAGACCGAGAAGUUGACGGAUUAUCACUUGAUUGACAGGUUAAUUCGAUUUGUUCUAACUUUACCAGUCUCAACAGCAACAACAGAGCGAGCUUUCUCCGCCAUGAAACUUGUGAAGACAAGACUCCGAAAUAAAAUGGAGGAUGAGUUUCUAAGAGAUUGUCUGAUAAUCUACAUCGAGAGGGCAGAGGGAUAUUGUUUUCAAGUUCUCAACCGACACACUUAUAGAUGAGUUUGAUGCAAGGAAAAAGCGUCGACUAGACUUCAACUAAAUUCCACCUCUUUUAUUUCUUCUCGUCCAUAUUUUGCCUAUCUAAUGUAACCAGUAUAUCUCAGACCAAUAUAAUGUUAUUUUAGCAAGUUAUUAUGUGAAAAUGGUGAUCUUUUGA